GUGGUAAUGCUGCACUUCAGUCUUUUAUUUAAUUUUUUUUUUAGACGUAAAAGAAAAUUACUGCAACAUGUAUGCACGAAUAGUAUGAGAUGUUAUGCAAUAAAGCAAUCAACGGCUCCCAAAGUAUUGUUUUUCGGAACCGACAACUUUUCCCUGCCUAGUUUACAAAUGUUACAAAAACAAAAUUUGGAAAUCGGCGUUGUCACCUCCUUCAAGAGCCCGGCCAACUGUGUGCGAAGCUAUGCGGAACAUCAAAGACUUCCCCUUUAUCGCUGGCCGGUUACAGUGGAACAAUGUUUAACGUAUGACCUGGGUGUGGUGGUAUCCUUUGGUCAUAUGAUACCCUCGUAUCUCAUAAGUGCUUUUCCAAGCGGUAUGAUAAAUGCCCAUGCUAGUCUUUUGCCCCGCUGGCGUGGAGCCGCACCCAUAAUUUACGCUAUUAUGGAAGGUGAUACGAAAACGGGUGUUUCAAUAAUGCAGAUUCAUCCACAUCAUUUUGAUGUUGGUCCCUUAUUAGCCCAGAGAGAGUUUUCCAUUAAACCUGAUGUUUAUAUGCCAGAGCUCCAUACAGCACUUUCUCAUUUAGGAGCCGAUCUGCUUGUGGAUACAAUAAAGAACUUGUCUGAAAAACUUUUAAAUGCUCAACCGCAAGACGACAAGAUUGCUACCUACGCACCCAAAAUAUCCCCGCAUAUUGCAGAAAUCAUCUGGUCAAAACAUAGUGCAACGGAGCUGUAUGCCCGGCAUCGAGCACUAUAUGGAUUUAAGAGCUUAACUACAAGAUUUCUUGACAAGCAAGUACAAGUCUUGGAUGUAAAACUGCCUGAGCGACCACUUUGUUUAUCUAUGGAGCCCGGUUGUUUUAGCUAUCAGCGCAUACGUAAGGCAUUAAUUAUUGGCUGUGCCAAAGACUCACAAUUAGAGGUUUCGCGCAUUCGUAUGGAAGGGAAACGCCCAAUGAGUGCGCAAGACUUCAGUAACGGAUUUUUUAAACGAACACAUAUGUUGCAGUUCACGGAAAAUAAAAAAGUUGCAUGUUGUUGACA